AUGGAGAAUGCUUUGGAAGGGGAACUCCUCGGCCCGAACGCCUUAUCCUCUCCCCCGUCACUCUUUUCCUUACUGGGCUACUUUUUCCCCAUCCCCAUCAUCUUCACUGAGAGAGAGAGAGAGAGAGAGAGAGAGUCGAGCUGGAGCAGCCGCACCUUGCCGCCGCUCACCGGUGGGGCCUCGCCGCGCCCCGUCGGUGGCUUAGAUUUCGGGGAGGCGCUCGAGGGGAGCGACGGCGCCGGCGACCUGGGAGGCGGCGGAGGUGCUGCUCGCAGGAAGCGGCGGUGGCCGGUGGCGGCGACUGACACACUAGUGGAGCUGUUCAACGCCGCAGCAGGGGACUACCACGGCUCCGGCAAGGCGCCUGCGCUGCAAGCAGGGAGCGACGCCGGCGACGACCUGGGAGGCAGCGGAGGUGCUGCUAGCAGGGAGCGGCGGCGGCGGCGGCGACCGCCCCGCCAGUGGAGCUAUUCAACGCCGCAGCGGGGCCCUACAACGGCUCCGCCACGUUGCCUGCGCAGGGGCCUACCACGGCGCCGCGAUUUCCUCUGGCAUGUCGACAAGGUGGACUUCUACCUCGGCGCCGUCUUCGGGAGCGUCGAGACGGUGAUGGUGGUGGUCGUGCUCAUCUCGGUGCUGCUCUUCUUGGCGCGGCCGAGGACGACGGUGAUGAGCAACGUGCCAGAGACGACCAUCUACCGGCGGAUGGACCAGUACACGACGUGCCCGGCGUGCUUGUGCUGCGUGUGGAAUCGACCAUCUACGGCACCCUGCGCAAGAGGAUCACCCGAUGGAUUGACGACGACGAACGGACCUCGUCCUCGACAUGUGUGAGAGAUUGGCAGCAUGGACACCAGUGGUACGAGUAUGCAUUUCGACAUGGCAAAUUUUGUGUGGAAGAUGGUAAUUUAGUGAGUUGAAAUCCAAUUUGCAAUUAAAUUUAGAUAGUUCAUUUUCACAUGGCAAUUUUGUUUAUUUGAUCCUGCAUCUGCGACACCUCCAGUUCAUCUACGAUGUAUCAACUACAGGAUACAAGUUCGCUAGUGUUUUUGUGUCCUGCCAUUGCA